ACUGCGCGAUUGUUUUGUCUUUCUUAUUCGCGUCUCCAGUGCUGACAUUAACAGACAUCGAAAGUGAUAGUGCUCAAUAAUUGAUUGAUGAAGUAAUACCUAAGUAAUUUGCUGUGUAAAAUGGCAAAAGUGGCCGUCGUAACAGGUGCAAGCAAGGGUCUAGGCUUCGCUAUAGUGAAAGGACUCUGCGAAAAGUUCGAUGGCACUGUUUAUUUGACCUCGAGGGAUGACCAAAGAUCACUGGAAGCCGUGAAAAAGUUGAAAGACCUUGGAUUCAAUCCCAAAUACCACCAGCUUGACGUAACAAACGAAGAAAGCGUGAAAACAUUUGCUGAUUUCAUCAAAACACAACACGGCGGGUUUGACGUUUUGGUGAACAACGCCGCCAUAUUGGAAUGGGACAAGAUCUAUCCAGACUAUGAAGCCGCGAAACGGAACGUCGAUACGAACUACAGAAGUUUAUUGAGAGUGGAAAAAUACUUGUACCCAUUGCUGAUUAAGGGUGCUAGAGUGGUAAACAUAUCGAGUUCUUGUGGUCAUCUUUCGAAUUUGAAGAAUAAACAAUGGAUCGAUGCUUUAUUGAACCCGGAUUUAGAAGUUGACGAUAUUAAUGAGUUCGUUGACGAAUAUUUAGAGAGUGUGAGGAACGGAACGUUUGAUACGGCGGAUUUCGCUGAUGAUGGGAAGCAUGCUGAGCAUAGGGUGUCGAAAAUCGCGGUGACAGCACUUACUAUGGUACAGCAAAAGAAAUAUAAGGACAUUUCUUUAAAUGCUGUUCAUCCAGGGUUGGUAAAAACUGACAUGGCCAAUGGCAAGGGAGUGACAGACGCAGAUGAAGCAGCUAAACUAGUUCUAUAUCUGAUUUUGGAAGCUUCUCCAAACCUGAAAGGGGUUUUCUUGUGGCACAAUAAGAAAAUUGUAGAUUGGUACGACCCCAACGGCGAAUAUUAUUGUAAAGGAAUUUGGUAAUUUUAACAAAAUACUGUCAAUUUACGGUGUGUAACCUAAUUUAUUUCAUAAUGCGUACACCCUAUAAUCGACCUAUAUUGUAAAGAGAAUAUAAUGGUUUUAGGAUAAAAAGAAAGAAGCACAUGAUUAAUUUUAAUGUCUUAUCUUAUUAUUUAUCGCCUGGACCCAAGAGUUCAAUAACCAGAACCCAUAUCGUAUUUCAAAAUGCAUUAAGAAAGUACCUUACCUUAUGUUUGCUUCUUACUUUUACCAGGUUUG